AUGGUGCUCGUUGAGACUUUUGCACUCUGCAAACCGGUCGAAUACAGCUGGGAUAAGACGAUCGAAGGCGAAUGCGCCGGAGAAAACACAGCUUACCUCAUCGCCGGCAUCGUCAACCUCGUUAUCGACACCUUCAUUGUCGCACUUCCUAUGCCACAAGUUUUCCGGCUCCAAAUGACCUUGACUAAACGGAUCAGUGUAGCUGGUAUGUUUAGCCUUGGUGCCCUGAUCUGUAUCAUCUCUUUGCUCAGGAUCAUCUGGUUGUACACAUGGGACCUCAGCGAUUUGACAUACACGGUCACCCCCGGUGCUAUCCAUAGCGCACCAGCUCGGACGCCGAGGAAGGUCAAGGGCAACAUCACGCGGGAUUUUGAACGGCUCGACGACGAGUACCCUCUUCACGAGAUCCGCAUUGAGUCAGGAAGGCACCCCGACAAUACCGACAGUCUUGGCUCCGGCAACAUACAAGUCGCCCGCGCCUUUGGGGUUGAUAGCGGCGAACAUGGCCAUCGUACACAGCCUGGUCAGUUUAGUACGAGCAUGAAGCCGGCCUCCGAGUCGCUCCGAGCUUAG